AUGCCUGACUCCCUCAAAGUUUCGGAAAAUACUGUCGGAAAUAGAAGACGUGGGUCUUCUGUCGGUAAUAUGGCAACCGUGGGUCAACACGGUCUUUCCCUUCUGACCACAAUUUCCAAAGAUUCUAAACACAAAAGAUUAAGAAAACUCAACACCCAGAAAGUCAAGAACAAGCAGGACUUGCUCGCUAAAUUCUAUUACAGCUUUUUGGAAUUGAAUUUCAGAAUGACUUGGCUCAGCCCGCUUUUGGUGGUGGUGUCGGUAUUGACGUGUUAUUUACUCAGUAACAACUACACCGAAUCUAAUCCCCUUCACAUGUUCAUCACCAUUUCUUAUAAAACCGACGAAAUUGAUGAUAAUGGGUAUUAUUUGUACGACAAAGGUCCCAAAGAUUUUGCAUUUGUGUUUUUUUAUAUGAUUUUCUUCACAUUUUUCAGAGAAUUCGUGAUGUCAGUGUUGCUUAAACCAAUGGCGUAUAAAUUGAAAGUCCACAAAACUGGUAAAGUUGGGAGAUUCACUGAACAGAUGUAUUCCAUUGUAUAUUAUGGUAUCAGUUCACCAUUUGGAAUGUGGGUGAUGAUGAAGUUGCCAGUUGGUUGGUUCAACACCUAUUAUUUUUAUGAGACUUAUCCGCAUAAAACGAUUUUCUCAUGGAUGAAGGUAUUUUACCUUGGUCAAGCAGCAUUUUGGUCACAACAAGCUGUUGUGGUGAUGUUGCAAUUGGAAAAACCAAGAAAAGAUUUCCAAGAAUUGGUGUACCAUCAUAUCAUUACCAUGUGUUUAAUCUAUGCUUCUUAUACUUUCAAUUUCACCUGGAUCGGCAUUGCCAUUUAUUUGACAAUGGAUAUUUCUGAUUGGUUCCUCUCGUUAUCCAAGGUGUUGAAUUAUUUGGACGCUGCGAUCACCCCGGUGUUCUUUGUGCUCUUUGUUGGUCUGUGGAUCUAUUUUCGUCAUUACCUUAACAUCAAGAUUUUAUGGUCGGUAUUGACAGAAUUCGAGACCGUGGGGACUUAUAGAUUGGAUUAUCAGAAUGGGGCCUACAAGUGUUUUAUCAGUAAACCAAUUGUGUUUGUCUUGUUGUUUGCAUUGCAUUUGUUGAAUUUGUUUUGGUUAUUCUUUAUUCUCAGAAUUUUGUACAGAUACAUUUUCCAAGGGGUCGCUAAGGACGACCGUAGUGAUGAUGAAGAUAGCGAAGAUGAAGACGACUAUGAAGGGUAUUCCACUGACUCGGAGGAAGAUUCUAAGGAGAAGAAGGAGUGA